AUGAUUGGCAUCCGCUAUGAGGUUUUUUCCAGCAAAUGCAAGAUCCCCUCAGUUCUUGGAUCUUUUGAAGGCGCCGUGCUCAUGGAUGAAAAUGACUUGAAUCUGCUUAAGGAUGGACGUCACACUAGAGCCUUACUUAUUCCUCUAUUUGUCAUGCCCUGUAUUAUCCCGCCAAGGUUAGAAGACACGCCAGUUCGCCCAAGUCUACCCGGUGUAAACAAAGUGAAACCUAUUCGAUUCAACUGGAUCCAAAGCAUUCUUAGGCAUCGCAACGACAUAUCUCUUCUCUCAGUGGUUCCCUUCGACAACCAGAAUUGGAGGCGGUCCGAAGGCAACAAUUUCCUUCACCAACGGAACAGCGCCUCACCAACACCCUUCUGUGUCAGCAGUAAUCAGACCGCGAAAACACCAAACGACCAUCAUGCAGAACCUGAUUCUGAUCCUCCUCAUCAGUACACUAUUCAGCCGUUCAGCUACUGGUGA